CGACCUCACUGAUUAUUUCCCUAUCAGGACUUUUAUGUGCGAACCCUAUCCUUUGUUUCUGUUUGAGUAAAAUCGGGUCAAGAUACUGAUCAGACGACAAUUUACGCGCGCAGCGCGUUGGAGAUUUGCUCCACAGCUUCGAUUUAUCACCAUGGCUUCUGUUCCACCCCCCCAGGCGUCAGCUUCAAGCGCAAAUAUUCCCGCGAACUGCGAGGGAAAAAGCGACAACCCGGAUUGCGCUGACAAUGGCGCAGAAUCGCAGCCUAAGCCCAAGACAGAGAAAGAGCUCGAGAGAGAGCGCAAGAAGGCAGAGAAAUUGAAGAAAUUUGCGGAGAAGAACGCAAAAAAAGCUGGGACGUCUAAACCUGUCGAGAAAAAGACAAAGGUUGAGAAGGAGAAAACAGCCGAUGCAUACGACCCUCUGAAAAUCGAGUCCGGAAGAUAUGAAUGGUGGGAGAAAAAUGGGCUUUUCAAGCCUGAAUUUGGCCCAGAUGGGAAAGUUAAACCACAAGGGUCAUUCGUGAUGACCUUCCCCCCGCCUAAUGUUACAGGAGCACUGCAUAUGGGCCAUGCAUUAACCAACUCACUUCAAGAUACCAUGAUUCGGUGGCAACGUAUGAAAGGGAAAACUGUUCUAUGGCUUCCAGGGUAUGACCAUGCCGGAAUUUCCACACAAAGUGUUGUGGAGAAGAUCCUAUGGAAGAACGAGAGGAAGACCCGCCAUGAUGUUGGGAGGUCUGUUUUGACAAAUAUGAUCUGGGACUGGACACACAAGUAUCAUAAGAGCAUCACGACUUCCAUGAAAAAUAUGGGAGGCUCAUUUGAUUGGACAAAAGAAGCAUUUACAAUGGAUAAAAAUCUCACUGCUGCAGUAAUGGAGACCUUUGUGAAGCUUCAUGAAGAGGGCACCAUCUAUCGGGCCAACAGGCUUGUAAACUGGUGUGUUGCUCUUAAUACUUCUCUUUCUAACCUUGAGGUCGAGAACAAGGAACUGGAAGGGAGAACGCUGCUUGAUGUUCCUGGUUAUGACAAAAAGAUCGAGUUUGGCGUGUUGACUCAUUUCCUCUAUGAGAUUGACGGCACCGAUGAGAAGAUCCAGGUUGCGACGACCAGACCAGAGACAAUGCUUGGUGAUACAGGUAUUGCUGUUCAUCCGGAUGACAAACGCUAUCAGAAAUAUAUUGGCAAGUAUGCCAAACACCCAUUCGUGGAUCGCUUGCUCCCAAUUGUUCCAGAUGAUAAAGUUGAUCCGGAAUUUGGUACUGGAGCUGUUAAAAUCACACCUGCUCAUGACUUUAACGACUUUACCCGAGGCACAGAACACAACUUAGAAUUUAUCUCAAUUAUGAGUGAUGAUGGAACCUUCAACGCCAAUGCCGGUCCAUUCGCGGGUGUCAGGCGUUUUGAUGCGCGCUAUAAGGUCAUCGAGGCUCUGAAGGAGAAAGGGUUAUAUGUCAAAUGGGAAAAUAACCCUAUGAAAGUUCCUGUUUGUGCCAAAUCAAAUGAUGUAAUUGAGCCGAUCUUGAAACCACAGUGGUGGAUGAAGAUGAAAGAACUCUGUGAACCCGCCAUCAAAGCUGUGGAAAAUGGGGACAUUGUUAUUCGUCCCGAAAGCGCAGAAAAGAGUUAUUUCCGGUGGAUGAAUAACAUCACAGAUUGGUGUCUCUCGCGGCAGCUAUGGUGGGGUCAUCAAGCUCCAGCUUAUUUCAUCCAGUUUGAGGGCGAGAAAGGCGACAAUAGUGACGGAAAUCUGUGGGUGACUGGUCGGACAGAAGAAGAAGCGACUGAAAAGGCAAGGGCGAAGUUUCCUGGAAAGAAAUUUACCCUUAUGCGUGAUCCUGAUGUUUUGGACACCUGGUUCUCUUCGGGCCUAUGGCCGUUUUCUACCCUUGGCUGGCCUAAGAAGACUCAUGACUUUGAAAACCUCUACCCGACUUCUGUCUUGGAAACUGGGUGGGAUAUUUUGUUUUUCUGGGUUGCUCGCAUGAUCAUGCUCGGCAUAAAGAUGACUGGCCAAGUCCCAUUUCGCGAGGUAUAUUGCCAUUCAUUGAUUAGAGACUCUGAGGGAAGAAAAAUGUCAAAGUCGUUGGGUAAUGUGGUUGAUCCUCUUGAUGUUAUGCGGGGUAUUUCUCUGGACGCUUUGCAUCAGAAAUUGCUGGAGGGAAAUCUUGCACAGAAAGAAGUUGCGACCGCGACGAAGUACCAGAAGAAAGCAUUUCCAAAAGGAAUUCCAGAGUGUGGUGCGGAUGCGUUACGAUUCUCUUUGGUGUCCUAUACCACUGGUGGAGGUGAUAUCAAUUUUGAUAUUCAGGUGAUCCACGGUUAUAGAAGAUUCUGCAACAAAAUUUACCAGGCUACCAGAUAUGUGCUCGGUAAACUGGGAAGUGAUUUCCAGCCCCUGGCCUCUGCUUCAAAAACUGGUGCUGAAUCCCUUGCUGAACGGUGGAUUCUUCACAAAUUCAGUACUGCAGCCAGAAUUGCGAACGAGAAGCUAGAUCAACGUGAGUUCUCAGAUGCUGCAUCCGUUCUAUAUCAAUACUGGUACAGUCAGCUCUGUGACGUCUUUAUCGAAAACUCAAAAUCUCUUCUUCAGCAAGACGCUCCCACCGACAUUCAACAGUCUGCAAAACAAACGCUCUACACCGCUUUAGAAGGCGCACUUACCCUAAUUCAUCCAAUUAUGCCGUUCAUUUCUGAGGAAUUGUGGCAACGACUGCCUCGCCGUCCUGAUGACAAAACCAUUUCUAUCAUGAAGGCAGCUUACCCGGAGUACAAUUCCAGCUUUGAUGACCCUAACGCAGAAGCUGCGUAUGAUUUAGUUCUUGCUACUUCAAAAGCUAUCCGCAGCAUUUUAUCUGAAUACGAAAUCAAAACAAAAGGCGACAUUAAGAUUCAAACUUAUAAUGCGUCAAGCCACAAGACCAUCAGAGAUGAGGUUUCGAGUAUCAAAUCUUUAAGCGGAAAAUACAUUGGAGAAAUUAGCGUUUUGGGCCCUGACAAUACUAUUCCGCCCCCUGGGUGUGUUGUUUCUACUGUUGGAGCUAAUGCGGCUGUGUACCUGGAAGUGUCGGAUGAGGUGCGACUGGAGCAAGAAGAGAAAGCGAAAGCCAAUUUAGCAAAGGCCCUCGAAACCAUCAACAAACAAAUUGCCAUCAUGGAAUCUCCUGCCUGGCAAGAGAAGGCCAAACCCCAGGCGAGAGAAAUGGAAGAGAAAAAACUCAGGGACGCUCAGAGCGAGGCAGCACGGCUUGAGGAGCAGAUCAAAGAUUUGGAGAAGCUCAAGAUUUAAAGAUAUGAGUUAGAAUGUUAAAAGAGGCCUAUCGGGCACGAAGUACAUAGAUUUGCCAAAGACGAGACUACGUAUAUUCAUAUUCAUCCUAGAGGAAUCCUCCUACGCAACUGUCUUGUUCUUGGCUUGAUGAACUAGUUAAGGACUGAGCGGAUAACAUAAUUAAUCCAUUCAGUGAGCAGACCAGCCCAGCUGUUAUUAUGAUUUUUGAUUAUGAGGAUAGAUUAUAUGCAUCUUUUUAUGGUCAUAGAUGAGGUUUGAGCUUGAUUGCUAAUAAUUUUCACAUACAAAUAUGUAGUAAGGUUAGCUAUAUUACUGAAAAUAUCUUGUAACUUGUGUAAUCUCUAC